UUGUUGAAUUGUAUUGUGGAUGGAUUGGCAAGGACAAAAUUUAGUGGAGCAGAUUAUGCAGAUAAUGCUGUUGGUGUUUGCAGUGAUUGCAUUCGUUGCAGGUUAUGUAUUGGGAUCGUUUCAGAUGAUGAUGAUUGUUUAUGCUGGUGGUGUUACUCUCACGGCAUUGAUUACGGUUCCAAAUUGGCCUUUGUUCAACCGCCAUCCACUCAAUUGGUUGGAUCCCAGUGAGGCUGAGAAGCAUUCCAAGCCACAGGUGGCUGUGAGCUUGAAAAAGAAAGGCACCAAGAAGUAAGGUCAUUUAAUAUGAUCUUAGCACCAUUAGGAUUUGCUAGGAGACUGAAUUGGUGUUUUCUUCUUUUAUGUGCUUUGAAGGAUACAAUCAUCUACUUGAUUUCCCCAAAUUUUUUGAACUAUGAAACAAUUAAUGGAAGAGUAUUCUUCUUAUGCCCCGUUAUCUCCUCCUUGACAAUACAAAUAUAUUUCAUUGUUGCUUUGCUGCUCGGUAUACUGGAAAUGAAGAUGGGAAUUUCUUUU